AUGCCUAGGGCUUUGACAAGCCGGUCCACUGUAAGCCUCACGUUCCGAAAUGACUAUCUUUGUGCAAUGGAGAGAAAGAGAAGACCAAUGCUUAACUACAUGGAUAGAGUUCAACACAUGGUUACUGUAAACAUGAGAGGAAUCUUUAUGGAUUGGUUAGUGGAAGUUGUUGUAGAGUACAAGCUUCUCUCAAAAACCCUUAAUCUCUCUAUGUCAUACAUUGAUAGGUUUUUGUCUGUUAAUCCUAUGAGCAAAUCGAGGCUUCAAUUGCUUGAUGUUUCUUCCAUGCUCAUUGCUUCGAAGUAUGAGGAAGUUAAUCCACCCGGUGUUGACAAAUUCUAUAGCAUCACUAAUAACACUUAUGAAAAGGCAGAGGAAGAGUGA